AUGGGUAAAUCGUAUGUUUAAAGAUAUCAUAUCACACUUGAGGGUGAAUAAUAAAUGGGAGAACAAGAACAAGGGGGAUUACAGAGAUUACAGACAAGUUAGUAGUGGAGAAGAGAAGAAGUUGAUCAAUUUUAACCUUUCCAAAAUUCGUCAUCAAAGUUUCAAGUGAUAUUACAAGAAUGCAGUACUAACAUUUUAUAGUCGUGGUUAUAGAUCUGGUACUCGUUACGCUUUCCAACGUGACUUCAAAAAACAUGGUGCUAUUCCAUUAUCAACUUAUUUAAAAGUUUAUAAAGUUGGUGAUAUUGUUGAUAUUAAAGCCAAUGGUUCAAUUCAAAAAGGUAUGCCACAUAAAUACUACCACGGUAAAACUGGUAUUGUUUACAAUGUUACCAAAUCAUCAGUUGGUGUCAUCAUUAACAAAGUUGUUGGUAAUAGAUAUAUUGAAAAAAGAGUUAACUUAAGAGUUGAACAUGUUAAACAUUCAGCUUGUAGACAAGAAUUUUUAAAUAGAGUUAAAACUAAUGCUCAAAAAAAAAGAGAAGCUAAAGAAAAAGGUGAACAAGUUAAUUUAAAAAGAGAUGCUGCUAAACCAAGAUCAGCUUAUGUUGUUUCAACUGAAUCAAAUGUUCCACAAACUUUAGCUCCAGUUCCAUAUGAAACUUUCAUUUAA